AUAAUACAUGCAUUAUUAUGUUGCAGCCACCAUUGAAUAUCUAUGUUUCAUUGGUGAAGUGUUAAAUUAUUGAUGGAAUCAUGAAGAAAGAAAGAACGGCCGACAAUAGUCGGCCAUUUAAAUUAGCUCACCAAAUUGUUAGCCUUACAGGCAUUAGUUUUCAAAGGAAAAGUAUUAUUGGCCUGGUGGAAUUAACAAUUGUUCCGCUAAGAGAUACUUUGAGAUUGAUUCACUUGAAUGCAAAACAAUGCAGGAUAUACAAAGUUUGUUUAAACGACACAUACGAAGUACCUUUUCAAUAUUUUGAUCCAUUUCUGGAUAUUUGUCAAGGAGAUGACAAGCAACGAUGUCUGGAAGUCUUUUCAAAUUUUCACCUGGCAGCAGCACAAAAAGUUGAUCCUGAUAAUAAUUCUGGUGAAUUACUUAUACAAAUACCUCCUGAUGCAGCUCAUUUAGUAGAAGAAGGCAAACAUCUUAGGAUAGGAAUAGAAUUUUCAUUGGAGCAACCUCAAGGAGGAGUUCAUUUCGUAGUCCCAAAUUGUCCAGGAACAUUGGCAGAAAAAGGGGCCCACAUGUACACAUACAGUUAUGAAAACUCGUCUAGAUUAUGGUUUCCUUGCAUUGAUAGUUUUGCAGAACCAUGUACAUGGAAAUUGGAGUUUACUGUUGACGAAGCAAUGACUGCUGUUUCAUGCGGUGAUCUAGUUGAAAUAGUUUACACGCCAGAUAUGAGAAAGAAGACUUUUCAUUAUGCUUUAAAUGUACCAGCUUGUGCUCCCAAUAUUGCUCUUGCAGUAGGGCCAUUUGAAAUUUUUGUUGAUCCUUACAUGCAUGAAGUUACACAUUUUUGUUUGCCGCAACUUCUUCCUUCACUAAAAGUUUCUGCAAAAUACAUGCACGAAGCAUUUGAAUUUUAUGAAGAAACAUUAGCAAAUAGAUAUCCGUAUUCUUGUUACAAGCAAGUUUUUGUUGAUGAAAUUGAUGAGGAUAUCAAUGCAUAUGCAACAAUGAGUAUUUUAAACACAAACCUGUUACAUUCACCUGCUAUUAUUGACCAAGUAUACAUAACUAAAAAAGCUAUGGCACAAGCAGUAGCAGAACAAUUUUUUGGAUGUUUUAUCUCGAUGCAAAAUUGGUCAGACACAUGGCUGCCAAAGGGGAUUUCCACUUACUUAACUGGUUUAUAUGCAAAAAAAUGUUUUGGAAAUAAUGAAUAUCGUGAAUGGGUUCAAUCGGAUUUAAAAGAAGUUGUUAAGUACGAAGAAAAGUUUGGUGGUAUAAUACUUGAUCCGUCGCAACCUCCAGCUCCAUUGCCAGUAGCAGCCAAUACACCAGCACCUGCUCCACCAACCCCUGAUCCUGGAUUCUACUUUCCUAUAAAAAAUUUACAUACCAUGUCACCCAAGUAUAUAGAAGUUCUCCGCAAGAAAGCUCAUUUGGUGAUUCGGAUGUUGGAACAUAGAAUUGGGCAAGAACUUCUUUUGCAGGUUUUCAAUAAGCAGCUAUCGUUGGCUACAAAUGCAGCACAACAAAAAAUUGAUUCUGGUUUAUGGUCUCACAUGUUAAUUAGUACAAACGUAUUUACAAAAGCUAUUUUUACUGUUACUGGUAAAGAUAUGGCAGUAUUUAUAGAUCAGUGGGUGAGAACUGGAGGUCAUGCAAAAUUCACUUUAAGUUUUAAAUUUAAUAGAAAAAGAAACACUGUUGAACUUGAAAUUCGGCAAGAUAAAACACACGAGAGAGGAAUCAGAAAAUAUGUUGGCCCUUUAUUAGUCAAUAUACAAGAGCUUGAUGGUACAUUCAAGCAUACUUUACAAAUAGAAGGAACGGUUGCAAAAGCAGACAUAACGUGUCACAGUAAAAGUAGAAGGAAUAAAAAGAAAAAAAUUCCAUUGUGUACAGGAGAAGAAGUAGAUAUGGAUCUUUCAGCAAUGGACGAUUCUCCAGUUUUAUGGAUAAGAUUGGACCCUGAUAUGACACUAAUGAGAGCUGCCCAGAUUGAGCAGCCAGAUUAUCAAUGGCAGUACCAGUUGAGACACGAAAGAGAUGUCACAGCUCAGAUGGAAGCUAUCGAUGCUUUGCAAAAUCAUGCAACUCCGGCUACAAGAUUGGCACUUACAGACACAAUAGAGAAUGAACAUUGUUAUUACAAAGUUCGAUUAAGAGCUGCUCAUUGUUUAACUAAGGUUGCUAAUGCAAUGGUAGCAACAUGGGCUGGUCCUCCUGCUAUGCUUGCCAUUUUCAGGAAACUAUUUGGUUCUGCAUCCUGCAGGAGAAUCAUCAAACAAAAUAACUUUACCAAUUUUCAACAUUAUUUUCUUCAAAAAACAAUUCCAGUAGCCAUGGCUGGCUUGCGAAAUGCUCAUGGAAUUUGUCCCCCAGAAGUUCUCUCUUUUCUCAUGGACUUAUUCAAGUACAAUGAUAAUAGUAAGAAUAGGUACUCGGAUAAUUAUUAUAGAGCUGCUCUCAUUGAAGCACUAGGUGCGACUGUCACGCCGGUGAUUAGCAUUCAACAUGGGGCUGCAAUCACUGCUGAGUCUUUAUCAGCAGAUACAAAAGCAAUUUUAGAAGAAGUGACAAGGCAUUUAAACUUAGAAAAAUUGCUUCCAUGUUACAAGUAUACAGUAUCAGUUGCUUGUUUAAAAGUAAUUCGAAUAUUACAAAAGUUUGGUCACCUUCCAAGCACUCCUCUCAUAUUUAGAGAAUAUGCAGCUUAUGGCCAGUUCAUUGAUGUCAGAAUAGCUGCUUUGACAGCCUUGGUAGAUUUUACAAAAGUGGAUGGCAAAUGGGAGGAUUUGGAGUUCUUAUUGGAUAUGGCUGAAAAUGAUCCUCAUCCAGGAAUUCGUCAUAAGCUAGUUAGAUUAAUGGUUGAAAAUCCUCCAUUUGAAAGAGCUCACAAACACAGACUAGAUAAGCCAGAGCUAGUUAAUCGCAUAUGGAACCUGAUCAACUGUAUGCUUUCUCAUGAUCCCAAACUUCGUUGUGAUUUGGUAGACUUGUACUACACUCUAUAUGGAUCGAAAACACCAUUAUGCCUUCCUAUUCCAGAAUUAGCUAUGUUGACAAAACCGAAAAAAGUAGGAUCAGCAGCUAGUCCAGAGAAAGAACAGGCUUUGCCGCCGAUACCCCAUCUGAAAUCCGAGCCUAUGAACCAAGUACAAGUUGAAAAUAAUGUUUGUAUCAAAAGAAAAACUUCUCCAGAAAAAGAGAUAGUCGGAGUCUCAACAGCCUCAGCACAUCAUGGUCCCGAAGUAAAACGUCCAAAACCAAUAGAUGAUCAGAAUACAAGUAGUACGACAGAAGGCAAAACCAAGUCUGAGUACUAUAGUGAUAAUUCAGCAUCCCUCCCUGGCAUAAUGGGUACCAGGGGUCCAGUUGGCUUUGAGCCUGGAAUGUUUAAAAAGGAAACGGAUGAAACCAAAGUAAAAGGAGAAUCAACUAAUAAGGCUAAGAAGAAGAAGAAGGACAAAAAACAUAAGAAACAUAAGCAUAAGCACAAACACAAAGUAGACAAAGAAAAAAAGGACAAAGAAAAAAAUAAGGACAAAGACAAAAACAAAGAUAAGGAUAAAGAAAAGGAUAAGGGCAAAGAAAAAGACAAAGACAAAGACAAAGAUAAAGACAAAGAAAAAGAUGAAGAAAAAGACAAGAGCAUCAAAGAAAGUGAUCAAUCAGGGCUAAAGAUAAAAGAAGAAACCUUGAGCUCAGGUAGCUCAAGUCCUAGCCCAGAUGCAUCAACAGCAACGAGUGAAUUUACUUUUCCUUAAAAUGUAUGAUAGUGCAAUUUCUACUUUGAAUCACGUCUAUAUUUAUAUCUGUAAAUUUAAUGAUUUUUGUAAAACUACUCUAUAGUCCUCUGUAUAUAAAAGUUUUAUACAAGCACUGAACAUCUAAUUUUAAGUUUGUAUCGUGUAAAUAAAAGUGACGAGUAAUAAACAAC